UUUUGGUGCACUGUUCUGCCAAUUCCUUUGCCCACCCACCGCCUCCCCGCCAUCAAUGCUACGCGGAGCCGCCAUCAACGCCGAUGCUGGGAUCCCGGGCCGCCCCACUCACCGCCCUCCUCGAUCCGCCAUCAAGGUGCCGUGGAUCCCCCACCCUCCUCGAUCUCUGCCCCCGCCAUCAACGCGGCCGCCCCACUCACCUUCCAUCGACGGGGCAGCCCCAACCACCGCCCUCCUCGAUCCAGCAUCGCGAUGCACUCCUCGACGCAAUCCAUCUACCCACCGAACUGCUGCCGGUCGGCGUGGCAAAUCUCCUCGGCGCGAUCAACGACCAAGCCCGCCCAUCCCACCCGCGCUGCCCCCACCACACAACUGAUAUGCUCUCCAUGGAAGGUCGGGGACCUGCUCACCCACGAUCUCCAUGGAAGGUGGUCUACUGUCGAUCGGCCUCUCCCCCGUGCUCCUUCAUCAACCCUGUCCGUCGCGCCGCCGAGCCCCGAGAUCGCGCAGAUCCGCCAUUCUCGCGCCCUCGCCUGAUACCGCGCUCACCGCCGGACCUCACCAACCUCUGCUCGCGUUCCCCACACCGCCCUCCACCCCAUCCGCGUCCGCCCCAUCCUCCCCACGCGCAAUAGCCAUCCUGCUCGCCCCGCGCCGUGUCCGCAUCUGCAAUGAUCGGGAUCCACGACCGCUACCCCCACCCCGACUUCUUCCUGCCAGUGUAGCCGGCCACUACUUCUCCACUGCUGCUCGUUGUCUCCUCAACCACCACAGUGCCACACAAUCCUCCCACGGCGUGUCUGACUCAAGCCGGGAUGUCUCACAGGAGCAGUGGAUAGUUGAUGCGCCCUUAUAAUCAAGCAGUCGCGGCUUCCGCCCACAACUCCAGUCCCACAACAUGGUGCACGGUGUCUCCGGCGAGUCACUGCCUUCGUCUUCUGCCCACAACUCCGGUCAGGCCCCCUCCCUCUCCCCGCUGAGGCCCCUUCCGAUCUGGAUUCUGGAAUCGUGCCCGCCGGCCCGACCCAGCUCCACCCUCCCGGCCCCUCCGGCCGCCGCGGGAAAUGGCGAGUGGCAGCAUCCCCUACCGCCGCCUCCUCAGGCGAGGACGAGGAGGAGGGACUCCGAUAGCGGAAGGCCGAAUGGGCAGACAGCCGUGCCUUCGCUUCCGCAGCUACAGGAGGAGGAGGAGGCGCCGGAGCGGCUGGCUCAUGUGAAGUACGAGCUCCGUGACACUCCAGGAAUAUUUCCUCUGGUGGUAUACGGAUUCCAGCAUUAUAUUUCCAUGGUCGGUUCAAUCAUCCUGAUUCCUCUCGUGAUGGUCCCUGCUAUGGGUGGCUCGGCUGAUGACAUGGCGGCAGUGGUAUCCAUAGUGUUGCUCGUCACCGGGGUGACUACAUUGUUGCACAUGUUUGUUGGAACGAGACUAUCCACUUGUGCAGGGUCCAUCCUUUGUAUACCUGGCUCCUGCCCUUGCGAUCAUCAACUCACAAGAAUUCUUUGUGUCGUUGCAUGCCUAGAACAUGACAAAUGUUUCAGUCAUGCAAGGCUUGUUUGUUUUCUACUAGCAGUCCUGACUGAGCUUAACAAUUUGCAUUUCAUUGCAGAAUUCUAAACACAUAAUGAAGCACCUGCAGGGAGCUUUGUUUAGAGAUGCUCCCGCCGUGGCUGCCAAUUGCACUGGUAUUCAGGCAACCUACAUUUGGUCCCUGCAAUAUAGUUGCUUCUUGAAAGCAG